AUGUGCUUCUCAAAAUUAAUCCCUCUCUGUCUUCUACUCCUCCUAUCUCUUCUUCUCCAGGCUGCCAUUGGGGCUGACCCUCUUUUUCAUUUCUGUUUUAUCCUAGAAAACUACACUUCCAAUGACCCUUUCAAUAGUAACUUGAAUGAGCUAACAACCCUCCUCUCCUCCAAAGUUCCACCAACUGGAUUCAGAUUUGCCUCAACUGGACUAGGCCAAGACAAUGUCUAUGGCCUAGCUCUAUACCGUGGCGAUAUCUCAAGCACAAACUGCAAAACUUGUGUUACUAAGGCAACCAAAGAGUUACGCAACUGGUGUCCCUACAACAAAGGAGUGAUCAUUUGGUACUAUAAUUGUCUCUUUAAGUACUCAAAUGUGAAGUUCUUUGGAGAAAUUGACAACAAAAACAAAUUCCACAUGUACAACGUACAAAGUGCUGAUGAUCCCACUUCAUUUAACGUGAAAACAAAGGAGUUGUCGAGCAGCUUGUCCAAUAAAGCAUAUGGUAGUCCAGUGCUGUUUGCUACGGGUGAGCUUGUGCUGGAAGAGUCGAUGAAACUCUAUGGUUUGGCGCAAUGCACUAGGAAUCUUUCAAGCCUUGAUUGUAAGAAGUGCCUUGAUGGUGCAGUAAGUGAACUCCCAAGCUGUUGCGAUGGAAAACGAGGGGGAAGAGUUGUUGGUGGGAGUUGUAAUGUGAGAUAUGAGCUUUACCCUUUUGUCAAUGCUUAG